UAGACCGCUUGGAGAGUGGCAGCGCAGUCGCAGGUUCUCCGUCGCCCGGUGCAAGAUCUCCCGUCACGUCUGGGAUCUUUCCUUUAUAUACACGAGACUCGACCGGACCACUUCACUCGGACGCGAACCCAGAUUGUUCUCAAUCUGCUCUUUUCGCCCCCUCUCUCCUUUUUUUUCCUCACCCCCCGAUCAGGCUUUAACCAUCCUCGGGUUUGUAAAGGCAAUUGUUAGUGCGCAUCAUUGCGGGAGCCAAAAGGAGGUUUGCCACUGAUCCAUAGGACACUGCGGGCUGCUGGAGCGUCAUGACAGCUGAGAAGAGCGGGCCCGUUAUAAACGGUAAACCAGAGGAUGGCCGGGACCCGGAGGGGUCCAGCUCCAGCCUGGACAACGGGGAGUACAACGAGAGGGGCCACUGGAACAACAAGAUCGAGUUCGUCCUGUCCGUGGCCGGAGAGAUCAUCGGCCUGGGCAACGUCUGGAGGUUCCCUUACCUCUGCUACAAGAAUGGAGGAGGGGCGUUCUUCGUCCCGUAUGUCAUCUUCUUCGUGUGCUGCGGCAUCCCGGUGUUCUUCCUGGAGACGGCCCUGGGCCAGUUCACCAGCGAGGGAGGCAUCACCUGCUGGAGGAAAGUCUGCCCCCUGUUCGAGGGUAUCGGCUACGCUACGCAGGUGAUUGAGGCCCAUCUCAACGUGUAUUAUAUAGUGAUCUUAGCCUGGGCCAUCUUCUACCUCUUCAACUGCUUCACCACGGAGCUGCCGUGGGCCGGAUGUGGGCACUACUGGAACACAGAGAACUGUGUCGACUACUACGGAGAAAACGCCACCAACAUCACAAACCCCAACGCAACCUCUCCAGUCAUCGAGUUCUGGGAGCGCCGGGUGCUGAAGAUAUCGGAUGGAAUCGAGCACAUGGGAGGGAUGCGCUGGGAGCUGGCCUUGUGUCUCGCUCUGGCCUGGUUCAUCUGCUACUUCUGCAUCUGGAAGGGGCCCAAGUCCACUGGCAAGGUUGUGUACGUGACGGCUACCUUUCCUUACUUCAUGUUGCUGAUCCUGCUCAUCAGAGGAGUGACACUGCCAGGAGCCUACGACGGCAUCAAAUUCUACCUCUACCCAGACAUUUCACGUCUCUCAGACCCUCAGGUGUGGGUGGACGCAGGAACGCAGAUCUUCUUCUCCUAUGCCAUCUGCCUGGGCUGCCUCACCGCUCUGGGCAGCUACAACGCCUACGACAACAACUGCUACAGGGACUGCAUCAUGCUCUGCUGUCUGAACAGCGGCACCAGCUUCGUGGCGGGUUUCGCCAUCUUCUCUGUGCUGGGCUUCAUGGCCUACGAGCAAAACGUCCCCAUCGAAGCCGUGGCCGAGUCCGGUCCCGGUCUGGCUUUCAUUGCCUACCCCAAGGCUGUCACUAUGAUGCCUCUGUCCCCCCUUUGGGCUUGCCUCUUCUUCAUGAUGCUCAUCUUCCUCGGCCUGGACAGUCAGUUUGUGUGUGUGGAGAGUUUAGUGACGGCUGUGGUGGACAUGUACCCGGACACGUUCAGGAGAGGCUACCGCAGAGAGCUGCUCAUUCUCGGCAUGUCUGUGGUCUCCUUCCUCAUCGGGCUCAUAAUGUGUACGGAGGGCGGCAUGUAUGUGUUCCAGCUGUUUGACGCCUACGCUGCCAGCGGCAUGUGCCUGCUGUUCGUGGCCAUAUUCGAGUCCAUAUGUAUCGGCUGGGUGUACGGCAGCGACAGAUUCUACCUGAACAUCGAGGACAUGAUCGGCUACAAGCCCGUCUUCUUCAUCAAGUGGUGCUGGAUGAUCCUGACCCCGGGCAUCUGCGCUGGGAUCUUCCUGUUUUUCCUGAUUAAGUACAAACCACUGAAGUAUAACAACGUGUACACGUACCCCGACUGGGGCUACGGCAUCGGCUGGUUCAUGGCCAUGUCCUCCAUGGUCUGCAUCCCUCUGGGCAUCAUCUGGAUGAUCUGGAAGACUCCAGGCACCUUCUCUGAGCGGAUGAAGAAGCUGACGACCCCCAGUCCAGACCUGAAGAUGAGAGGGAAACUGGCCGCGCUCAGUCCCUACGCCGCCAACGACGCCAAGCUCAAGGUCGACGGGAAAAUCUCCACCAUCUCAGAGAAGGAGACGCAUUUCUAACGCCUGCGACGGACGAGGGCCGAGUCCGGCAAACACCGACCCCAACAACAGCAUCCAACACCGCGGAGAACAGGAAACGGAACAAAUUACCUGGAGUGUUAUUUUUGUUUUGUACAAAAAAAAAAAGAGAAAAAAGGAAACGUCCUCACGUGAUUAUUAUGUAGUCUGGUUCUGUUUUGCACAAACCUUGAAUAACGAUAAUGUUGUUUUCAGUUAACACUGCGACUAAAGCAGGCGUUUCUAUCUUUUCUAACCAUUAAUAUUUUGAAGCUGUGUUUGAUGACAUGCAGCAUGUGGUAAAACAUGCCAGCACUGGUCACACUAGUGUCUGUGCCUUUAGAACAAUACCAGAGUGUUGUGUCGUGAAAGGCUUACACUGUACAUUUAUUGGCAAAGUGUGGUGCCUCUCUAUUAGGUACUAGGUACCCAAACGUGACUGUCUGAGACGGAGCAGCUCGGACCAUUCCACCUGCACUAGAUCUGUCUGAUAGAGGAUGCAGCAGUAGGGCUCAGUGGGCGGUUACAGGAGGGAGCGGAACGAAGCCCAGCUCACAUCAGAGUUCGGCCCCUGAAGGUUUGAAUCACUUCAAUUCGAAGCGGUCGCUGAGCAAACUAAGCACAAAAGACAAAAACAAAAUCUCUUGAUCUAUUGGAAGCAACACUUUUAACAGGGGCGAUUCGGGGCUUAGCGGGUUUCCGUGGCGACGCCGUUCCCACGCAGACGCUCAGGAUGUUUGCAGAGAAACCCUGUGGAAGGAAGCACCUGCAGCGUUCUCCUCCCUCUGAUUUGGGCUGAGUUGAGGACGGGGGCUCGCGGGCCGAGCCCCGUGAACGCACCGCUGUCCUGCAGCUGCCCUCCUGUAAGCAGCCUCUGCUCUCAGUGACUGUGCUGAGGAGCACAGAGUCAGUCCAACUCAGACCCUGCCUUUGGAUUCCCCGCUCUGGCCGCAGUGAAGACGAUGGACGCCUGUCAGAUGCGCGUCCUUUUCAUUCUCUUUUCCUCCGUCUGUCUCAUCUUCAGCCUUUGCUUCAUCCCAGUCGUUGGGUUUGGGCUCGAACACGGCCCCAUUACGUUCAUGCAUUCCUUAAUUUAUGUCUCUGAGUCAGUGCAGGGCUAAAAGCAGGGUCUGCUCCUGUCGUCCAUUUGAUUGUAGCAUAAGUCAAUGAGCUGGUCUCGUUAUUUAGGUCCCCAUCGGUCCAUCACAGCUUCAUCCAGUCAACGCUCACAUGACUCCGGUUUGUCCUCCGUUGCUUUGUCCCGCUUUCUCACUUCCCGUCUUUUCUUUCCUCGGUCCCUGUUUCCUGAGAGUCGAACGCAAUCAGGGGGCGGCGUGUGCGGGAAUGAAACGCAGACUGCAUCUCUGCACAGGUUUUCAGGAGGAGGAAGAAGAAAGUGGGGGAGGAAAUAAAGAAGUGAUGAGGUGAGCGAGUGCACAGUCGAGUACGUCGAGAGGGAAAGUGAGGAAGUGUUUAGUGGCCGAAGCUCCUCCUGUCUGUGCUGUGACGUCGUCUAAACCAGCACCUGGUCCCUCUGGUUACUGUAUUAUCACCUCCUCACUGAUGUCUGUGCAAAUAUUAAUAGAUGUGUGCGUCAAACGUUAUCGCCUGCUGUGUAACACUGAUCGUGUCGAUGUAUAUUUUUACGUCUCUUUCUAGAAUCUGUGGUCGAGAUGAAACGGCUUAAAAAGUAUGGAACGUCCUUUGUUUUGACUUUUGAUAUGUCGCUCAAAAGAACUAUAAUGAAAGUUGGACUGUGGUACGCGACAUUUGCUAUUCACAGGACACACUGUCUGCUUACUCAUUUUUAAAAAUAAAUAUUAAGAAAAACUGA